AACAAUGGUGAAUGCCGACAUGUUAAAAGGCGUGUCAGAUUUACAUGCCUGGAUAGCUCUGCUUAGACAAAGUUAGUAGCAGGUUCCAAAAACAGUACAGUGAAGACGCCUGCCUAUUGGGCUAGGAGUUCCAAAGUGUAGUUACUGCUACAUGGAAGGAUAAAUUCCUUGCAUGUGUGGGAUGAACAUUAUGUGGCACUUGUAGCGAUGCUCAGAUCUAUUGACUGUAUGGGGAAAGGGGCUGGGAGAAAUGGUUCCAGUUUUAUGCACUCUCGGAAAUGAUUGCAGAAAGAGCAGUGCAUCAGUCUGCUGGUUUGUGUUGCUUUGUGACAGGCAGGGCUGGUGCAAGUUUGGGGCCUGCCCUAACGUUAGGCAGAGUGAGAUGAUCGCUUCAGGCAGCAAGUGAUGGGAGCUAGGGAACAGUGGCUAAGAGCUGGACACCAGGCUGCCUGUGCCCCCAAAUCUCCCCUGCUGCCCUCAGGAGGACACUGUCCAGUCCCCAGUGUCAAAAUAAGAUUCCCCUGCCAGUUCAAUCAGCUUCCGUAUGGGAAAUGUGGGAGCCAUCUUGUCCUUUGCCUCGGGCAGCAAAAUCUCUUGGGCUUGGAGGUCUCUACAGGGCGCCUGUUGCCUAUGCAUUAAAUGUUCUCUUGUCGUGGCAGAUGAGGAAAAGAGCAAUGACCUGACGUUUCGAAGAGCCCUGAGCCGACAACUCAAAGCUGCUUUGCAGAACCACCGCCGCUCCCUGCUGACCCGCACGGAGAAGCUUUGCACCAACGUGGACGACACCGAAACCUGCGGCCACAUCGAGAUCCGCUACACCGACCUGCUGCUGUCCGACAACCCUCGCUCCGCUUCCAGCAGCCACGACUACUUGCACCUGGCCUCCCGCCGUGCCCGCCUCUACUCCCUCCACGCCCCCCGCCGCCUGGCUCUGAGCCAGCUUUUCUCCCUGCUCCCUGAGGAGAGCUCCCCACCUCGCCGGGUGAUGCUGAGCGGGGCUGCCGGCAUCGGCAAAAGUGUUGCGGCCCAGAAGAUUAUCCAUGACUGGGCGUUGGGCGCGGCCUUCCAAAAGGCCCUUUGCAUGCUAGACUUCUCCUUCCGGGAGCUCAGCCUCAUCAGGACACCCCAGAGCCUUGAGGACCUGAUCCACAGCAAGCAUGUCCACCUGAGUGGGGUUCUUCCCGAGCUGCUAGAUCGGCCUGGGGAACUUCUGGUGAUUUUAGAUGGCCUGGAUGAGUUCCGGCACUCCCUGGAGAGCAAGAAUCCCUGUUUCCAAUCAGACCAGCUGGCUCACAUCAAAGAUCUGGUGCACGGCCUCCUCUAUGGGACUUUGCUACCCGAGGCCACCAUUUUGGUCACGUCAAGGCCUUCUGCUGCCCUUCCAGAGGACCUCUUUGACCGCCAUGUCAUUAUCCUUGGCUUCCAAGAGCAGCAGGUAAAGGACUACUUCUUCCGCUUCUUCCGUAACCCGGAACGAGCUGCAGAUGUGCUUGGUUAUGUAUCUGCCCACGAGGGCUUAGCCAGCCUCAGCUUCAUUCCUCUCUACUGCUUCAUUCUCUGCACAGCACUGGGGGAAUUCUUCCCAUGGACAGGGGAGAUGGAGUCCUCCCCACCAAGCACCAUCACCGAGGUCUACCGCCAGUAUUUGAGCACCAUCCUCCGGCUGCGACGAGCAGGGGGAGCCGGCGGCGCCUUGGAAAAAGCCAAAGACUUGGUGUUGCAGCUUGGCAAGCUGGCCUACGCUGGUCUGCUGAGGGGGAAAGUUGUCUUCUACGCAGAUGAGCUGCGGGAUUUUGGCUUUGACCCAGAGAACCUACCCGGCACUUUCUUGAACCGGAUCUUCUUCAAGGAGAAAGACGAGGUCUACGGCUUCUUCCACUUGACCAUACAGGAGUUCUUAGCUGCGUUGUACUCGGUGGCUAUCUUGGACCCCAGUACUGAGGAGUUAACUUCUUGCCUGGAUCUCUGGUGGGAUGGAGAAGCUCCAGAAGGUGGACAGGCCGAGAGACUUCUGCUCCCACCAGAUGGACGUGCUGUGGCUGGACUUCUCAGCUACACUAGGGAGUUCCUGAGCGGAGGCCAACAGUGGGACAACCUGCAGAUGUUCUCCAGGUUCUUCAUGGGCCUCUUGAGCUCCAGGAUGCAGGGGAAGCUGGAGAGCUUGGCUGAGGGCCUAACAGGGGACCCCCUCGUGCCUUUGGCAGAGUGGCUGGGGAAGAAAGCUCAGUACGAAUCAGACCGGAAGCUGCUCUCCUUGCUGCAUUGCUUGGCGGAGCUCCACCAGGACUGGGUGACGCAGAAGGUAGCUUCCAACCUGGAUGAAGUGGAUCUGUUCAAGGUGACCUUGAACCCAGCUGACUGUGCAGCCCUGGCCUACGUCUUGGGCUGCUCGGAGCAUAAGAGGCUUCGGAACCUCAACUUGAGCUACAGCAACAUGGGCAUCGGGGGGCUGAGGCGACUCCGGGGGCUUCUCCAUCGGUGUGAGACUCUCCAGUUGCGGUACAAUUCUCUGGACUGUGAGGCGGCAGCCAUAGAAGCUGAGAUACUCAGGUCCCCAAGAUGCCAGGUGAAAAGACUUCUGUUUUGUGGGAACUGCCUGGGCUCUGAAGGGGUGAGGGGUUUAUGGGAUGCCCUCCAGGAGAACACCACCCUCGAAGAGCUCUAUCUGGAUAUCACAGGAAUCACAGAUAGCGGCUUGGAUAAUAUUAUGGAUUCCUUGAUGGGCAACAGAACGCUCAGGCUCUUGACCAUUGUGGGGAACCGCCUGAGCAAAGCCGGGAGAGAAGUCCUCUCCGAGUUGAGUCGCAGGAAGCCAGAGCUCAAGAUCAUAAGCAGUUUCCUGUCCGACAUGGGGCUGCUGCAGGCAUAUUUGGACUGGGUGGAAGAGAUCAAAGCGGACCAGGAACAGAUGGAGUCAGUCAAGAAUGCUGACGCUUUGCGCUCUGUUCUGGAAGUUCUGGAGGAAACAGAAGAUCCGGGAGCCAGCCAGGAAGCUCGGGAAAGAGCGGAGCUACUAAAGAAACAGAUCACUGUCCUCCUGGGGGAGGAGAAAGCAAGAGAAAACGGGACCCCGUGAUGUCUACUUGGCUUCACCUGUCCUGGAAAUGGAGGCAUCUACUGGGAGGUCAAAGGACACCAUCUCAACGGGUGUAUUCUGCAACAGGUUGUGGAUGCAAUAGUAGGGCGUUAGUGGUAGAUUUGUACUGGACCGUCCGCACAUCAUUCUGCUGUUGUUCUGUGAUGCCUCAUUAGUGUUACCUUGUUCUUGCUCUAUAGCACAACAUUCCCCCCGGGGUUGUUAGGUAUGAAAAGUUACUGAACUUCCAACAGGAAGCUAGUACAGGACAUGUAAGCAAGUAGAAAUGAAGCCCUGAAAUGUUUGCAGGUGCAAACAGUCCUGAGAUCAGGAUCAUGUGCCCCAACAUUAGCAGAAAUCCUUGUGGGUGCCUUUGUCUGCCCUACCUGCAAUAGAACAUGUCUCUCCUGUAUCUACAGCCACAGCAGGCGCUGUGAUUCUCCAACGGUUUGACUUCACCCCUGAAGGCACAAUCUUCCAUUGUCUUCCGGAGACAGACAGAUGCCAACGCCGCAUCUGUGGACGCACAAUAUAAAGGACCUCUGGAUGGGCACCUCAGCCUACCCAUAGCUUUUUCUGCAUGGGGAAAUCUCCCUACCCUACUCAGCCCCUCAGACACAGGAAGCUGUCUUUAUACUAGGUCAAUUUUUUUGUUCGUGCUCUGUGCUAGCAGCUGCUCUUGGGAACAUGUCUCUCACAUCAC